CGGGGCGGGGCCGGGCCGGGCUCCGCGGCGCAGGGCGCGCCAGUCCGGACUCCCGCGAGCGGGUCGGAGGCGCAGCCCGAGCGCCAUGGAGCAGCCCCGGAAGGCGGUGGUGGUGACGGGGUUUGGUCCUUUUGGGGAGCACACCGUGAACGCCAGCUGGAUUGCCGUCCAGGAGCUGGAGAAGCUGGGCCUGGGCGACAGCGUGGACCUGCACGUGUAUGAGAUUCCCGUGGAGUACAAGACCGUCCAGAGGCUCAUCCCCGCCCUGUGGGAGAAGCACAGCCCGCAGCUGGUGGUGCACGUGGGCGUGUCGGGCAUGGCCACCACCGUGACGCUGGAGAAGUGCGGCCACAACAAGGGCUACAAAGGGCUGGACAACUGCCACUUCUGCCCCGGCUCCCAGUGCUGCGUGGAGGACGGGCCCGAGAGCAUCGACUCCAUCAUCGACAUGGACGCCGUGUGCAAGAGGCUCACCACGCUGGGCCUGGACGUGUCCGUGACCAUCUCCCAGGAUGCCGGCAGGUACCUCUGUGACUUCACCUACUACACGUCUCUGUACCAGAGCCACGGCCGCUCGGCCUUUGUCCACGUGCCUCCCCUGGGCAAGCCGUACAACGCGGACCAGCUGGGCCGGGCGCUGCGGGCCAUCAUCGAGGAGAUGCUGGGCGUCCUGGAGCAGUCAGAGGACGAAAAUCCACUGUCGCCACGAACACUGAGGGCCACGCAGGCCUCCCCAGGCCUCAUCCUACCAGGGACCCAGGAGGAGGCAGACUGUCCGCCGGUGAUCUGAUUGGGAUCAGAUAUUCCUGCUUCCUUACCUCCUCUCCCUUUUGGUCUGCAAAAGUGCUGGUUGGUU